CACACAGCAUCAUUCGCAUCUUAGUUACGAGAGUUCUCACAUACAAAAAAUAAAAAAUGUUUUUCAAAACUUUGAUCUUUGCCGCUUUAUUGGCCGGCAUUAACUGUAGAUACAUUCUAAUUGACGAAGAUUAUUUGCCCGAAUUAAUUGAACAUUCGAGGGUAAUGAGACAAGUGCAGGUGGGAGCUGGUCUUGAUAAUAAGGGGAACUGGGACUUGGCAGGCAAAGUGCCGCUUGCGAAGUCUGAUACUAACAUUCUCAGUGCAACUGGUAUGGCUACGAUGGACCCUAGCAACAAGCUGACCUCGUAUGGAGCUGGUGUGGCUUUGGAUAAUAUAAAUGGCCACGGACUCAGCCUGUCAGGCAGACAGAUCCCAGACUUCGGGAAGCAGUUGACAGCUGCGGCAAAGUUAAAUGUUCUCAACACACCUAACCACAAUUUGGACGCGAAUGCGUUUGUUACAAAGAAUAUGCCAAGUAUACCGAAUGUGCCAAACUUCAACACCUAUGGCGCAGGCGCGGAUUACAUGUACAAGAAUACACUUGGAGCAUCAUUAGGCGCAGCACGCACUGAUUUCCUUCAAAAGACUGAUGUAUCUGCGAUGGGAAAACUAAAUCUCUUCAGGACGCCUACCUCUUCACUCGAUUUCGGCGCUGGUGCAACGCGAUCCUUUUCUCCCUUCAUACCAAAAAGCAGCUGGGAACCGGCGUUUAACUUUAACUUUAUGAAAUCAUUUUAAAUAGUUAAAAUCUUUAGCGAAGUAUUAGUAUUAUAGAUUUUGUAUUAUGUUGCGGCCAUAUCCUUUCGUUUUAUUAUAUAGUGGCGACAUUUUACAUACAACGCCAAAAUAUAUUUAUUUGUAAAUUUUCU